AGUGUCAGAGGGAGGAGGCAGGACGCAGCAGAGGAGUGACUUCUUUCAAAAAUAUUUCAUCUGAGCCCGGACCGGUGCAGCAGCGGCGGCGUGGAGGCGGUGGAACAUGGCUCGUUACGGAAAUAAAUAACGGGACCAGGGGGACGGUGAUAUUUACACCGAAGAGGAAGCCACAAAACUCGGCGAAUAGAGGAAGAGAAGAGCGAAAAGAAGAGCUGAAGUCAGUGCCACACGUUGCAGUGUUGAUGUUGGUAGUUGUCCACGAAUACCUGCCGAAAAUAGUCCCGACAUCUUUUACUGAGGAUCCUCUGUCCUGUGUGACCCCCUGACACAGAGAGGAUGGUGAUGGAGGAGGGGGGUCAGAGAGACAGAGGGAGGAGGAUCCAAACCAUGGCAGGAGCAGAGGGGAGGCAGAUCUUUGUAGAGCUUGCGGAGCAGAACUUUGAUGCCAUUUGUCUCUCUACAUAUCGAACAGCCUGCAAGCUCAGAUUUAUACAGAAGAGAUGCAACCUGCAUUUGCUUGACAUAUACCAUGUGAUCGAGGCAGUGCGGGAUGCUGGUCUAAACGCUGUAGAGCUGAACGCUGGCAUCUCUGUGAUCAGACUGGAGAACCUUGUGUCCUCCCUGUUCAACCAGCUCAGCAAACGCCUGCCCACCACACACACCAUCAACCCGCAAGAGAGCACCGUCCUGUUGGUAGAAUUCAUACUGGCUGCAGUAGACAGUGAGCCAGAAAGCCGCUUGACGGUUCUUUCUGUGAAGGCGAUGCUGGCGACACUGUGUGGAGGGAAAUUGGUGGAUAAACUUCGCUAUGUGUUUUCUCAGGUAUCUGACAGCAGUGGUGUGUUGGUACAAUCAAAGUUUGACAGUUUUCUGAGGGAGGCUCUCAAGCUGCCCACUGCUGUACAUGAAGGACCGUCCUUUGGCUACACACACACCUCAGCACGCUCCUGCUUCCCACAACAUAAGAGGGUGAUGCUCAACAUGUUCCUGGACAUUGUAGCUGACCCUCCUCAAUGUCUUGUCUGGCUGCCUCUGAUGCACCGCCUGGCCAAUGUGGAGAAUGUUUAUCAUCCCGUGUCAUGCUCCUACUGUCGUGGCAAUGGUAUGACAGGCUUCCGCUAUCGCUGCCUGCGUUGCCGUGGUUACCAGCUUUGCCAGAACUGCUUCUGGCGUGGCAACGCCAGCGGCUCUCAUAGCAACCAGCAUCAGAUGAAGGAGCACUCAUCCUGGAAGUCGCCGGCAACAAAAUUUGGAAGGGCCCUGAGCAGGACUCUGGGCUGUGUGUCAUCCAGGGAGGCCCCCCACCCAAUAUACCCAGAGGAGCCAGAGAGGACCCUGAACCUCUCCAACAUAGUCCCCUCGAGGCCUAUUGGGAGCCCCAGCGAGGCCAUGUUGCUGUCCUCACCACCGCCCGAGUCCUCCAAGAGUUUGUCAGCAGCUCAGCGUAUGAACGAGGAACACGCUCUGAUUGCUGCAUAUGUGAAUCGCCUCCAGAGCAGCCCACGUGGUGUGGACAGUCCCAGCAGGCAAGAUGAAGAGCACAAACUGAUCGCUCGCUACACUUCCCGACUGGCAGAGACCGACGGCGCAGGAGUGAUACCAACCAGAAGCAUCAACUUUGACGUUAAUAAACAGAAGAGGGAGCUCAUUGCUCAGUUGGAGUGUAAAAACAGAGAGAUCUUGGCAGAGAUCAAGCGCCUUCGUGCAGAGCAUGAUGCAGCGUGCCAGCCCAGCCCAGAGAAGGGCACCACUAACCCAACUCUGCUGGCCGAGCUUCGCCUGCUCAGGCAGAGGAAAGAUGAACUGGAGCAAAGGAUGUCGUCUCUUCAGGAGAGCAGGAGGGAGCUGAUGGUGCAGCUGGAAGGACUGAUGAAGCUGCUCAAGGAUGAGGAGCAGCGACAGGCAGCGCAGGCGGCUGGCUCUUCUCAUGCCUCCCUGUCUCGGCCGAGCCCAUCAACUGUCCGCUCUGUAGGUGCUGCAUCUCCUCAGGCUCACAUGUAUCCUCCUCAAGACUCCCUCGCCGGGGUGGGUGGUGAUGUACAACAGGCUUUUGCUCAAGGCCCUAGAAGAAACCUGAGAAAUGACCUUCUGGUAGCAGCCGACUCCAUCACCAACACUGUGUCCUCACUGGUCAAAGAGCUCCACUCUGAUGAUGGUCGGGAGGAGGAGGAGAGAUUGCUGAAUGGGAAAGACAGAGCAGGUUAAAUACUGGCAGUACAAACGAAAAGAACAGACUGAUGUUUCAUCACGGCCAAAGAAGACUGACUGAAUACAUGUUCUAAUAUUCGUUGUUAGCUAUCGGGGAAUUAGGACUCCAAUCAACCAAUCACGAUGCUGGACACCAAAUGACCGCUGGGUCCCUACUGAUGUAUAGCUGUGAUUCUGUGUGUCUUGCCACUGUGGUUUUUCGUUUGUUUUGAUUUGAUCAUGCAUAGCUAAAUGAGGAAUCUGAAACCUACUGAUUUGUACUGUAGCAUGUGUGUGUGCUCUGCUUUUUUGAGGUGCGAGAGAUUUGAGUAAGUGAAGGGGAUGCCAUGAAUAGAAAGAUAGAAGUGUUUGUGAAAGGUAAAAGUGCAGGAAAGUUUCAGGAUCGGGAAGGAGAAACUGUAUGUAACCAUAUUUGAGAGGAAAUAAGGGUAGGACAAAACAAAAAGUCAAAAAGACGAGAGGUGAGCUAUAAAGUUUUAUGUUUCAGCACUGUGUGCUUACUAUUUAUUGCUUUGAUUUGAUUUGAUUUGAUUUUUGCCAUUUAUUCAUUCGGUUUGAGUGUUUUUGUGUAUUUGAGUGUAGUCAGGCCCUGCUGAGACAAUAAGCUUUAAUGGGACAUUUCCUGCUGCAUCAAGCCAAGCUGCCCUACAGGGCUGAGGUAACACAGGGUGGAGAGGUGAGGUCCCAAUCCUGAUGUCUGAAACAGACUCCAUGUAAAGAUUGAUGACAUCUCAACACUUUGUCCCUCCAUACACAACUGGAGCCAAAAAUGUUGUGGAAAUGGGUGCUGUCUAGCUAUCUACGUAUCAACUAACCCCCACCCCUUAGCUCUAUUUCUCCUACUCCAAUCACUAUUGUGUCGACUGAUUUCAUAGAACGUGACCAGUGCAAGAUGGCAGCAGGCAUUUCAUAGAUAUUUUUGCUUCACUUUUGGGGAGUUGUGUGUCUGAAACCUGGAUGAGAAUAGUGCUGUGAGUACUGGAUGAUAGCAGCUCAGGUUAUCCAGGCUUCUUUGUGUGUCCCGGUACUGCAAUGGGACAACAGUCAAAGAGGAGAUAUCUGGCAUCUGUGCUGUUAGUUGUGUGUGUCUGCAUGUGUGUGUGUGUGUGUGUGUGUGUGUGUGUGCAUAGCUUCAGCAGGGUCAGUUUAACAGAAGUGUAGUAAAGCUGGAAAAAUUUACUGCUUUUUUGUUGACAUUUGGUGCAGGAGCUGGGAUCAGGGAGAUUCACCAGAUGUCAAGAUAAAUGUUAGAAAAACUAAGAAUGAACAUUAUUACCUGACCUCUCGCUAAUUCUUAAUUCUUUUGUGAAAAAUGGGUAGCUUCAAUUUUCAAGAGAGGAUCAAUGUAACGGUUACAAAUGCUUUAUCUCGAGACAUCACCAGUCAGAAAGUUUGGAAAGCACCACCGUUUGGUUUAUUUUUCCUCAAAGGAAUUUUACAUUUAUGUGGAUAUGCAUAAGGAGAACCGAAUUUGCUUUGUGAUGCUCACAACUUUGAAAUAUGAAGGAAAAAACAAUGUUUCUCUUAUUCUCUAUUAUCCACAAAGCACAUGAUAAGAUUUUUUUUAUAUGACAGAAAUAGGAGAUUUGUCUCAUGGUUGGGGUGAAAUGAUCAUUCAGGAAAAAUAAUUCUUAGUUAACUUCAUUAAAUUAUGGCGGUGCAUUAUUCUAAUUUGCUGUAUCUAUUUAAAUGCUUCUAGGAAAUUGUGAUUUGCUUUUCAUGCCAAUUUCUGAAGACAAGGGUACCCAUGAGCCUCAGCGGUCAUUGCUGUUGUGAAGAAGACACUUAGAUGCUUGAAGCAAAACUGUAGCAUAUGUAAAACGUUUCAUUGUCAGAAUCUGGAGCAAAACACGGAACUGCUGUUGCAGAAUUCAUCCAAAAUUGACCCAGAAUUGAAAUGGCUGGGUGUUUCUUAAGGCAGUGCUGCUUAGGAGUUGUAGUUGAUCUUUGUUUUUUUUUUUUUUUACUUUUAAAGGCUAACAAUAUGAUUCAAAUAGUAUUCUGAUGUACAUCCAAAGCUACUAUUGCUUAAAUAAACAAUAGACAAAGCCCAAAAUACUGCCCAAAAUGCCUCUUCACACUUUGCUACACUCUGCUGCCUUUCAAGCUUCCUCUAAAAUGCAGGGGAUUGUGGGAAAUGAAGUUAUGUAGAUGUUGAACAUCACCCAGCAACCCAAAAGUCAGACUGAUUUCUGUUUGCAAAUCCAACAUGUCCCAAAGUUACUUCUUUUCAUUUAAUUUAGCAGCUGUGAAAUACAUUUGCUUUUCAACACUUUUUUUUUCUUUACUGUUUUUUUUCUACAUUUGUGGACCGGUUUGGUUCAGUUUUCACCGGCUCUCUGUGGUAUGUGACUGACCGCUUGCCACAGGAUUAUCACAUUUUCAGCCUGCUGAAUAGUUGACUGACUGUAUGAGUGGUUUAUUAAAUGAAUGAAUUCGUGUUUGGGUGUGUUUGUGUAAAAACAAGCGAGUGAGAGAAAUGAAGUCUGACAGGACAGACAUGUCCUGACAUAAAGCUGUAAACACCUUCAGCUCUGAACCUGCUGGAGCUGACGGUGUGAGUGACAAGUGUGGAUCUGUGUUUCAUCUGCAAUAAAUAUUAUUAAACAGCGA